CACUUGCGGUGGUUUCGUUUGGUUCACUUCCAUUUCCCUCUGUGUCUGCCCUCACACCGCUCCAAAACCCAAAACCCUAGCUCUCAUUCUCGACCCUCGCUUCAACCAUGAAUUGCUCCAUCUCCGGCGAAGUUCCGGAAGAGCCCGUGGUGUCGAAGAACUCCGGUCUUCUCUUUGAGAAGCGUUUGAUUGAGAGACACAUUUCGGAUUAUGGGAAGUGUCCAAUUACUGGAGAACCACUUACUAUGGACGACAUUGUACCAGUCAAGACAGGGAAGAUAGUGAAGCCCAGACCCAUUCAGGCAGCUAGCAUCCCUGGCAUGAUUGGAAUGUUCCAAAAUGAAUGGGAUGGGUUGAUGCUAUCUAAUUUUGCGUUGGAGCAACAACUGCACACAGCAAGGCAAGAGCUUAGUCAUGCUCUAUAUCAGCAUGAUGCUGCUUGCCGAGUGAUUGCAAGACUUAAAAAGGAACGAGAUGAAGCUAGGUCUUUCCUUUCACAAGCAGAAAGGAAGUUCACUGUUUCUGCUCCAAAUGCUGUGGCAGCAAAUGCCCCUGUUCUGAGCAAUGGGAAAAGAGCUGCUGAGGAUGAGGAUCUUGCACCUGGUGCAAAGAAAAUGCAUCCUGGAAUGUCUUCUAGCAUAAUUUCUGAGCUUAGUGACUGCAAUGCUGCUCUUUCCCAGCAGAGGAAAAAGAGACAGAUUCCUGCUACUUUGGCUCCUGUUGAAGCUGUAGAGGCAUAUACCCAGAUAUCUAGUCAUCCCUUUCACAAAACAAACAAACAGGGCAUUAUAUCUCUUGAUAUCCUUUAUUCUAAGGACCUAAUUGCAACUGGAGGUAUUGAUACAAAUGCUGUUAUUUUUGACCGACCAUCAGGACAGAUAUUAUCUACACUCAGUGGUCACUCUAAAAAGGUUACAAGUGUAAAGUUUGUAGCUCAGGGUGAAUCAUUCUUAACUGGUUCGGCAGAUAAGACAGUUCGUUUGUGGCAAGGGUCAGAUGAUGGUAACUAUAACUGCAAGCACAUCUUAAAGGAUCAUACAGCUGAGGUACAAGCUGUCACUGUCCAUGCCACCAAUAAUUACUUUGUGACUGCUUCACUUGACGGCACUUGGUGCUUUUAUGAACUUUCUUCAGGGACAUGUCUGACUCAGGUUUUCGACUCAUCAGGUUCUUCUGAAGGCUAUACAUCUGCAGCUUUUCAUCCUGAUGGUCUCAUUCUUGGAACUGGCACCACAGACUCUCUUGUUAAGAUCUGGGAUGUAAAAAGUCAGGCAAAUGUUGCUAGGUUUGAUGGACAUGUUGGGCCAGUAACUUCCAUUUCUUUUUCUGAGAAUGGAUACUUCCUUGCGACUGCUGCUCACGAUGGUGUAAAGCUUUGGGAUCUUCGUAAAUUGAAAAAUUUUAGGAAUUUUACCCCUUAUGAUUCAGAAACUCCACCAAACUCUGUGGAGUUCGACCACAGUGGGUCCUACCUUGCAAUUGCAGGCUCUGAUAUAAGGAUUUACCAAGUUGCAAAUGUGAAGUCUGAAUGGAACUGUAUCAAAACUUUUCCUGAUUUAUCUGGAACAGGUAAAGCCACGUGUGUAAAAUUUGGUCCAGAUUCUCAGUACAUAGCGGUGGGAUCAAUGGACCGGAAUCUUCGAAUAUUUGGCUUGCCUAGUGAAGAUGCUGCUGCUGAGUCAUAGAACGCCUCUGUUGCCGAGGUCAAAGUCUUGCUAUGGAGUGACAGUUGCUGCCUGCUAUUGGUGCAUGGUCUAAUAUGAUUGGAAAAGUUAAUGAAAGUAGUGGUUUCUUUGACUAUUCAGUCUUGAUCCUCAUACCACGAUGUGUGUGGGAUGGAGCAUAUGUACUUUCAGGCUUUCUGCAGCAACAUUACUAUGCCUUGAUCAUGGCUCUAACUAAGUGACACAAGCUGCAAUAUUUGCCUUGUCAUCAAAACCUUAAGCUUAUAUUGUUCGUAGAUAAUUUUGUAACGUGAUGAUUUGAUUAGUGAGAUAAGUGAAAUUUGUCGGCCAUUACUAUAACUAUUUAUUUCCUUUUCUCGUCUCUUAUUCCGGGUGCUAAGAUGAUUUAUUAGACAUAAAAAAACUUGGGUAAAAGACAUUAGUAAUUUGUUUAUAGUGAAAAAUCCUAUCGAGCUCUUUUUCUUCU